UUUUAAGAAAUACAAAGCUCUAGUUUGCCGAGUUCAAGAACAAAUUACGUCACUGUAGUCUUCGAGAGUGAUACAUAUAUAACAUGGACAAAUAGAACUGGCAGACAUCAUUCAACUGACAGCCGUCUUCUGAACAGCAUUCAAUAUGAAAUCCUUUAUCGUAGUAUGCUGCCUGUUCGCGUGCGCCCUCGCCGGCGUCCCCCGUGAGAAGCGCGGCUUCCUGGGCGGGCUCCACUCCUCGGACGUGUACAGCGGCUACUCCGCUCCCAUCAUCAGCCUCUCGGAGCCCGUCCUCGGAUACUCCGCGCCCGCUGCCAAACUCGUCAGCGUCAACAAAGUGGUCAACUCUCACCGCGUCGUGGACGUCCCUCAAGUAGUGAACGUUCGCAAGGUGGUGUCCGUGCCUCAAGUGGUGUCCGUCAACAAGCUGGUGGCCGCUCCCAGCUACAGCUCCUACGGCAGCGGACUGGGACUGGCUUCGGGCUGGGACCACGGAUAUUCCAGCGGAUGGUGAACAUUGUACCCUGACGACAACAUCUAGUCUCUACGUUUAUUAAUAAUUUCAAGGAAAUUACGAUAUUGUUUGUAUUUAUUGUAAAUAAAUAUUUUUUGUACGUAA